AUGCCGUCCAACAACGAGAAUGCCAGUCCCAAGACACUUCGAGCAGCUCAUAGCAGCAAAAACAAGAGUCCGCCGAGCACAGCACAUGGUCAUACACCAGGUGCUCUGGGUCUCCAUGGAUGGCAGCCUCCACAAGCUCAUAUGUUUGUUUCGUCCUCGGCUUCCAUAAGCAGCUUUUCGGCCGCUACUCAUUCAUCACAUGCCAACACAUCGCCCGCGAGUGGCUCUGGUCAGAACAGGCACAGCAUCUGCUCUCCUGAAACACAUCUAUCGAACAGGUCGUCAGGCUCACCCCUUAGGGUUCGAAAGACACGUGAGAAUCUCCGCACUGGAAUUGUCGAUGGCACUGCCUCUACAAGCGAAGCCUCUGUGUCUGAUCUUGCCCAUGGCAAGUAUCCCAGUGCCCAACCACUUCGAGAGAUUCAAAAUAACAUACAAGAUGAAGCUACAAGACCUUCAUCGAGAAAUGCUCGCUUCAGUUGGGAGUCUAACAGUAUCCAUCCCACAACGGUCAUCGAGCAGUCUCCGGUCAACCGUACAUCGUCCCAAUCCGACAAGAAAGAGCCAGGAUUUGCCCCUUCACUAUUACGCAAACUCUCUGUGCGUAAGAGAGUAGUCUCAAAAGUCAGGGAGGGUCUGCUCAGUCGGUCCAAGAGCUCUACAAAAGUGUCAGCAAGGGUCGACGACAAUGUUGCCAUCAGUCGAUCAGCUUCAGAGCAUGAAAGAUCUGCACAAAGCACAAUUAACGAUGGGUUGCAAGACAUGAAGGAGGGACUCACAAAUGCUUCAGACUACCUCGCUCUUGACUCAGUACAAAGCUUGGUUCUAACAGACUCACCUGUGCAAGACUUUGGACCGACACUGGAUGUGCUGCCUUCACCUAACCUCACGACCAAAGGUGAUCUCCCUGGAAGUGACGGCAGCUAUCCGAGUCCAUCAAAUGAGGCAAGCCCUUCGCCAUCUCCAGAAAAGACUCCUCGCCCUGCAAGAUCGAAACGAUCCUCAGAGCCUCACUUUGACAACACACCCGCGCCUCUCUCAAUGCUUCAUAUCGACCUCUCCGUCACGCCCGCAUGGGAAACCCUGGACUUGGCCGAUGAGGCAACUAUGUGGGCUAUGAUCAAGGCUGAAGCAAGCAUUUCAAGCAAUCUGCCAACGAGUGAUAUGCAAUCCUUGGCAUCUCCUACUCAUGCCGGUAGAUGUCAAAAGCCCCUCAAUAUCAUUCUUAUCAUUGACAACUCACCACUUGCUUCCCCAUUGGCUCUCCACAGCAUAUCCGAAUUUACCCGGCGCCUUUGCAAUCUGCUACGAGAUCACCAAGAUCACCUGGCCGUGUUCUGCAUGUUCUGCUCCCACGAAUCGCAAUGCUCGACGACCAGGUCAGGCUGCCAGCUUCAUCGUUUGCAACAGCCGGAUGUGCCAACCCUCUCGAUUGAAGUGGCAAAGCUGGGCUCUGGCAAGGCGGCGUCACAGUCCUCGGCCACAAGGUUGUCUGACAUGCUGCAGGAAGCUGUAGCAUCAGUGGCCGAGAUGAUUGAAGACUCGAACGUUACAAUCACACAUGCAAUCGUAUUAUCCCCGCUUCCACAAAGAUGCGCAUCAAUCCUCUGCGAAUUGGUUCCAUGGCCGAUCCAUCAAGUUCAAUUCGGCUAUGCUUACGAAUCACCUUCCCCUCGUGACCAAGUCCGGACAGGAGGAUGGUGUUUUGAAUGGGCAGAAGCCUCGCAUACCGUUCUAGAAACUCUUAUCCAAUCAGCGCGUGAAGGAUUUCGUUCCCAAGGACUUUCACACGUCAGAGUAUCCAUCAACUCAACCGAGCCAUGUCGCGUGGAGAAGCUCCUCACACCUCCCCGGAAGGCAACCCUACAUCCGGGUCAAUGCACCACCCUGUUCGCCAAAGUCCGCAUACCUUCGAUCGAGCUUGAGCAAAGUGGAGAUCCAGCCUCGUUCGAAAGCCUUUUAAACGAGCUUCACCAGACACUCGGGGCGGUCAGGAGCGAGUUGUUCAAGGCGGAUGUGCGAUACAGACAUACAUCUCUUCCCCGGACCACAGAACUGCGGGCCGAGCAAGCAUGUCAGAUAACUCGCACAAAUAGAAAUAGUCAAUGGGGUAUGAGCCACGGAGAGGAAGUCAAGGACAGUGUGAGAGUCGAAAUGGAGAAGGCCAAGUUUGCUGCAAGGAACUAUCCCCCGGAUGUUGCGUCCAGGAUCUUGCACAAGAAGUUUGGCAGGUUCUGGUCCGGCAACGACGGGCCACCAGUCUUGCGUCGCUUGCGCGAGGAACUCGAAUUUCAACAAAGAGUUUCGACCGAGGUUUCCAAGAAUGUAGCACAGUCGUCUACGAAAGCCACACAGCACAGAGGUUCGGAGAGCACGCGCCGAGCCACGUUGCAUUUCGCCGAUACUGAGGCUCUGCAAGUCUACAACACAGCCUUUUCUACGCCAAUACUCGAGGAAGGUGAUACAAACAUCGGCAUGUCCAACGAUGGAGAUUCCGACCACAGACAGAGGCCGGACAGCCUCGUGGUACAAGAUGAGGCUCGGCGGAUCUGGCGGCACAUGCGACGCGACAGCCGGACUACGUCAGGGGUCUCAAGCGUAUCCGAUGCAAGCAGCCACGCCGGAUCAGGAGCACGACAGCGAGAGCAACAACUCCAGCGGCGCGGAUCACAGGAGAGCAUCGUGGACCGAAUGGCUGCAGCGGAUACUCGCAUCAACGAGAUUCGCCUGAAAGCUAUCCAGAACAAGCGCAGUGUCGGUGCUGAGACGUUGCGAGACUUUGGCAUGAUGCAGCAGCAGGAAGACAGAGGAUCAGACGAGUUUUAA